UUUAGUUUGACGCUUUGCAGUGUGGACGCCGAACCCUGGACCAAUCGCUUUCGAGGGAAAUGUGAGCGCAAGGAAUUCCCCACACAGUCAAAACAGUAGAACCUAAUGUUAGGCAAGAGAAAGCGGCGAAGCUCGAUUAGAGCUUCAAAAACAAUGAGCUUUUAGAAGAUUCUGUCUUUGCAAAAAGAGGAUAAAGUUACUUCAGUUUAACAGGACUGGAUCGGCAGGGAGGAUUCAGAUGAUGACAGAUUGCUCAGGACUUGUUUCAUUGAAAUGAUAGCAGUGUGUUCAUCACUUACCCCACCUAACAUUUAAACCUUUAAACCUGUAGAAUUAUGGCACGUUAAGAUGAAGGUUUAGAUGCCCCAGACGCAGUUGGAGUGAGAAGGAUCCUCCUCCAUCACGCAGUCACGUAGUCCUCUGCCACUCUGUCCAGGAUCUGGAGACCCAGCCCCCCCCCACCCCCCAGAAGCGUGCAGGACCAAAAAAGGGAACUCUGUUUUUGCCUAACAGUGCCUCUCAUUUUGUGAAAGCAGCAGAUUACCUCAGCAGUGUUCCUGCCUCAGAGUGCUUCCUGUGCCGAGGGGUGUGGUGUGGAGCGGUCCGGGGAGUGCGUGGAGGGGUAGGAACCCUCUGCCUGUCAGCCUGUGUCCUACCCUUUCUCUCCCUACAACACCAUGACCACUGCGGUCCAGUCCAGCGAGCUUGUCUUUGAGUUCGCCAGUAAUGGGAUGGAUGAAAUCAAUCAGCUGGACGACCCUUCAGUGUUCCCAGCGGUGAUCGUGGAGCAGGUGCCCGCUGCCGACCUCAUGCAGGUGUACUCUGGACUAGAGGCAGAUGAGGUGACUAAUGGCAUCAUGGUGGAUGCCAUUCAGGAUGUGGUGGAAGAGAGCAUGAUGGGAGAUGUGGGGCUCUCUGUAGAGACCUCUGUCUCAAGUGGAGAGGACAAUAUGGAGACUAUCGAGGCGGCUGAGGCCCUACUGAACAUGGAAUCUCCCAAUAACAUCCUGGAUGAGAAACGCAUGAUUCACACAUAUGGGAACAUCCUGGAAUCAGACCUGACCUACAUUUCCCUGCGUCCAGAGCAGCUCUCAAACGGCUGCAUGGAUGUUCCCCUGGAUGAUGAGACAUCCUCCGUGGAUGAGAUCCCUCAAAGGAACCUUUCCAAGCCUGCCAGGAAAAGCAAAGUGCGCAAACCAAGACCAGUGCGGCCCUGCUCUCCUAUCACCAAUCCAACUCUCCCGUUGAAGAAAAAGAGCAAAGAGGGCAAAGGUAACACUAUCUACCUGUGGGAGUUCCUCCUGGCCUUGCUGCAAGACAAAAACACCUGUCCCAAAUACAUCAAAUGGACGCAGAGAGAGAAGGGCAUUUUUAAGCUGGUGGACUCCAAGGCUGUCUCCAAGCUGUGGGGCAAGCACAAAAACAAGCCUGAUAUGAACUACGAAACCAUGGGCAGAGCACUCAGGUACUAUUACCAGAGGGGUAUACUGGCCAAGGUUGAAGGACAGAGGCUUGUUUACCAGUUUAAGGAGAUGCCCUCAGAUCUGGUCAUUAUUGAUGAGGAUGAUAGCCAAGGGGACGACGCCAGUUCUGGCUACGGAGGGCAACGGUCCACUCCUCACGGACGGGCAGUGGGCCGCGGUUCAUCACGUGCACAUGGGAAGAGCAUGCAGGUGAAGUCAGUGAAGAGAGAGAUGAGUCCCGGGCUGAACGGCAAUGGAAAACAAGCAGAACAGCUGGUGCAGACCGUCCAUGUUCUUCAGCCAAAUCAAGGAGCUGCUGUCCCAGCGUCUACACACUCCAUAAGGACUAUAAAUAUGCCAGGCUCUAUUCCCAUGGUCCUCACAUCAGGAGCUCAAGGAGGUGGUCCAGUCACCCUGCAGACCUUGUCACUGUCCUCUGUUCUGACCAAUGGGGAUUCCUCUACACAUGCCUCGCCACCUCGGGUCAUUCUCCACACUGUGCCUUCCACCAGCCCUGGCAGUAAAGAUGUGCUCACCAUCCAGACUGCCUCUCUGACGACAGACAGCAUCCAGUCCCAGCAGCUCCUUGUGUCCACUCUGGGUUCAUCCAGUGGAGGGGUAAUCAGCACCACAUCACAGCAAGCCGGAUCUCUUAAUGGCAUCACCCGCCUGGUCACUCUCAAUGCCAACGGGCAGCCCGUAGUGGCCCAGCAGCCUGGAACGGUCAUCGCCACGGUCCUAAAGCCCAGUGAACUUCAAGGCCUGCAGGUGAAGGAGGAGAUCCUAGACCCCCAGUACCUCCAAUCUCUGGUCAACAGCAACCCUAGUGUGGCCUUGUAUGGCAAAGCUGAGCUCGAGGAAGGAGUGGCAGAGCUGAGCUACAGAACUGUGAUUAUCAACAGUGCAGGUCAAGAGCUGUACCAGACCCUCAAUGGACACUCGGACAUGGGCUCGCAGCUGGCCAGCAGCCCUAGUGAGGGCCUGACCCCCGUGGAGGAACUAGAAGUGAGGGGAGAAGUGGCUCUGCAUCCGGAGCCUGAGGCUAAAGAACUGUUAGAGGGCUCUCAAGGUCUGCAAGAAUUGCAGGGCACCAUGCAGAUAUCCGCAUCCCACUUCAUCCAGGUCAAGGCGGAACCGGCUGAGACCUAAACCUUCGUCUGAAGCAGGGGAAUGUGGACACAAUCGACCAACAUGUGAAAAAAAAAAACAGGAUUUCAGUGGAGCAUAUUAUCUGUAAUUUAUUGCUCUUGAUUGUUUAGAAUGGGCGUUGACCCGAAGACUGCUGUUUACUCAAAGUUAUUGUGAUAUUGUGCCUAAAUUCGAACCUUGAGGGAUACCGACCAUGAUGUCAUGAUGAAAGCUCUUUGGUAUGCUCUCUGUCACUUCCAAACUCCCAACAGUAGAUCAGCCAUUCUCCAACCAGGGAUAUUCCCACCAUAUGUGCCAGUUGAGAUGUUUCUGUCUCUUCUCAUCUCCACAGACAAAUCCAAAGACUUUAUCCAGCAGAGGGACCAAAGUAGGAGUUGGUGGGAAGCCAAAAAGAAACCAACAACAUACCAUUGACUUUAGGAUUUAAAAAACACACACAGUUGCUUAGGACAUAAAAGAUGGAUAAACCUUUUUUUUUCUUUUGUAGCCAUCUUCAAGGACUUCAAAAGGAUGCCUACUGGAAUAAGACUGAAAGAGUGCCUAGGUGGUUAAUGCUUUGUUUUGGAAGUGAUGCUUUGAAGGGGAAGAUUGUAUGAUUCACUCUGUUUUAAAUACAGAAUUAUGACAUUAUCUCAUCCCCCUCAUCAGAACUGAAGUUUAUUAUUUUUCCAUCACACACAAAUUUAAAAGCACUGUGGUUUUAUGGAAAUGGGCAUUGCCUGUCCAAAGAGACAGUUCUAGUAGACUUUGUUUGUAUAUAGUAACAGACUAGAGAAUAUAGUGACAAAUUCCAAAAUCAGCUGCAAAGUAUUUCCCCAUUAUAAUCUUGUUCAUAUGAAAUGGAACACAGUAUACAUAAAUAUAUAUAUAUAAUAUACAACUAAGAUUAAAUUUAUGGCCAC